UGCAAGUCGAUCAAAUGACAGGUGAAAGAUAUUUUCAACUCGAAGUCGCGCUGUACAUAAAUAAACGAUAUCCCAAAUGUCAAAAUGUUUAGGAAUCCGUUAUCGUGGUAUAUUUUUACACUCUCAUUAUUCGAAUUAAUAAUUAAAACUCAUCUAACGCUGCAUGACAGCAGUCAUGGCUUCAUCAGCAAAAAUCCAAGAUACUUCGACGAUGAUUUCUCAAACAUUCAUGAGGAGAUCACAUCUUUGCGAACGUCCCGUAUGAGUGAUGUUUCAUCGAGGCUACAGCUAAAAUUUGAACCAUCGUUUCUGGAUUUUAAGCAGAGGCCUUUGGGUGUACCUCAUUUGGAAAAGGUUACUUUAUUUAAUGUAGAUAAAAAUAAAAGUAUUGAUAUGACAUCUAUAUCAGGAAGUACAGUUCAUUUCCACAGUUCUUUUUUUGAAGAUAAGAGGAUUCCCCCAAGUGGAAAUACUUCUUUCAAUGUUGUGUUUUUGGGGCGAGAAGAAGGUUUUGUGGAAAGCAGUUUGUUUAUACACACAUCGGAAGGUUUUUUAAAGUACAAUGUAAAAGGUGCAAGUACCUUUAGUCACUACAGGUUAAGACCCAUAGUCGGUAUUAAGUUGCCGUUGAAUUCAACAUUUGCACCUUUAAUUUAUAUGCACAAUCCUCAUUCUGAACCCAUUCAGAUUGUUGAAAUCUACAGUAGUGGGGGUGAUUUUCAUCUAGAAUUGCCCACUGGUGAGCAAGAGGGCCCCAACGAUAUGUGGGAAAUACCUCCGCUUCAUACCAAGGCUGUAAUAAGGGUUCGGUUUCAAGCUAGAGUAGUACAAAACCAUACAGCCUAUGUCAGAAUCAAACUAAAUAAACCAGAUGAAAUUCUGGUGGUGCCAUUGGAAGUGGAGGUCACUUCCGUAAUGGGAAUAUUUCAUCCCCAGGGAUCUGUGGAUUUCGGAAUAGGGGGCAACUUGGAUGCUCCCAAGGAAGUAAAACUCUGCCUCUAUAAUCCCCUGAAGAAACACAUUCGGAUACACAGUGUCUUCACCACAUCUAAAGCCAUUAAGGUACAAUAUUAUAACAUCCGGCUUCAGCCGGAGAGUGAAGUGGUGGAUAAGGAUAGUUGUGCGGAAGCUGCAACUUUAACGGUGGAUUGGAAAACUGCUUACGAUACAAAAGACUAUUCAGGGAUAAUAAUAGUUAGGUAUCGUAAUGGUAAGAACAGAUCUGAAAUCCCAUACCAUCUGACUGUCCUUAAAGGUGGCAUCAGCUACGAUCCGCUGACUACCACAUACUUCAUAAAUGACAGGGCAGUGGAUUUGUCUUCGAGAAACUUUAAAGUCAAAAACGAAUUUGACUUCCACCUCAAAAUCAUCAAUGUAACCUUCCCUCAAGAUGCCCAUUUGUACUUUAAGAUUGAGACCUUCGUUCCUAAGGUAUUAAAACCGGGGCAGGAGGCAAAUAUUUUUAAUAUCAAACUGAAAAAUAACAUCAGGCUGUCUGAUUUACAGUUGCGUUCGCAGAUUAUUUUGAAGACGAAUGUUUCCAAUGUGUCUGUGCCUCUGUUGAGUUACAACGGAAAGUUGCAAGUUCACUUGCCUUUCAAAAGUAAGGAUUAUUCUCUGGAUAUUGGCCUUAUAAGUUUUGAUCUGAAGAAAGAAGUUUACUUUAUGAUUGUAAAUCACAAUCCUGUGACGUUACAGUUGAAAAAUAUUCAUUCUUCCAUACCGAUGACACAGGUGGAAGUUCAUGGUUGUGGUACAGGAGACUAUAGACUAGUUUUAUUUCAAGUCUCGUUUCCAAACCUUACAAAAUGUCAUAACCUAAAAUCGAAUCAUUACGCCAUUAUAAAAGUGGUUGUGACCACUUCUCAUGUAGAAGGUCAAGUUUGGGGUGACAUUUACAUAGAGACGCAGUUUGAAAACUUAAAUGUACCUGUCCAUUUCAAAAUAGCUCCAGGUAAACUGGAAAUAGGCCCUGAUCGGCUUGUGUUCGAUCAGUGCUUUCCCGCGAAAAUAUGUUCGCACCCUUUACGAGUGCAUUCGACGUAUAACGAUCCGAUGAUUAUCGAAGAUAUCGUCACAUUGCCUCCGGAUAAGAGGAUUUCUAGUAGACAUACCGGCCACAUAUUGGCCAGAACUUCUAAGGUGAUUGGGCAUUUGUUUUUGAACCCAGAUUUAGAAUGCCAGGCAGAUUGUUACACUGGUCUGCAGACAGACACUUCAGCACAAUGGUUGAAAACGUUCACAUUAUCAAAGUUUGUGUCAGACUUUGACUUGCACCUUGUCAAUAUAUUCUAUAACAGAUAUUUAAAUCUUACUUCUAAUGGCAUGAGGAAAUGGCAGAACCUCACACUCCGACUAGACACGUCCGAAGUUCGGGGCCACAUUUUUAGGACGAGGGUAAAAAUGAGCUGGCCGAGUCUGAUCGUUGAACAGAAUAUAGAAAACAAGUCUUUCUUUGCAUUCCCUUUAACUCAGAUAGGGAAUUAUACCUUCCAAAAUAUCACAAUUCGGAAUCCUGCUAGUUAUAACAUUGUGGUGCAAAUGGUUCUCGACAGGGAUUAUCCAAAUGUUCAAAUAUUAUAUAAUGGUUUACCAUCUAAUUUAAUAUCUCGAAACGUCCAGCAUUACAUUUUAUCACAUGGAUUCUUUUUCGACAAUGAAUCAAAAGAAAAGCAGCUGGAUUUUUUCUGGGAAAUGUUGGGGAUAAGAGUUCAUAGGAACACCGUACCAAUUUUGCUGUAUCCAGGUCAGAGUUAUUCGGUAUAUAUAGGUUUCCAUACCUACGAUACCAACGUACAUUCGGCCUUUUUAUUGCUGCGUAACAACUUGACGAUAUUGGAAGUGGUUCAGCUAAGAGCUCAAGGGGCCCUUCCUUUGUUUAAAUUUGGUAACCGCAAACCUGGUUCGUUACAGCCAUUGACAUUUGAUAUGACCGAUAAACAUUUGAGAGACUGCGAAAGACAGAAGCAGUAUUCCACCUCACAACCCAACUUAACUGUCAAACGAACAUUUACAGCAAGGAAUAUUGGGGAUGUAACAAUUUACAUCAACAGCUUUCAUAUAAAUGAUUUGUUAUGCGAAGGGUAUGGAUUUAAAGUGAUUGAUUGUGAACCUUUUGUACUUCCCCCUAAUGGCACGAAGAAAAUUGAUAUAGCGUUCACACCAGACUUAACUUUGACUAAAAUCACCAGAAUGUUAAUUUUAGACACCAGCUUAAAUAUUCCCGUGAAUUACACCUUGUAUACUACAAUUCCAGCGACUUAUUUAAACCUGUGUGCCGAUCUCAUCAUGAGACCUACUUGGGAAAUUCAUCUUAGUUAUUUAACCUUAACGUUUAUGUUUAUGCUUAACGUGAUCAUUGUCUUCAUUGCUAUGAUCGAUGCCGAACGGAUCAAGAAACAAGCAAUGGGAUCAUUUAUUUCUCCAUCUAGCCCAUCCGUUCAACCGAUUUUAGAUUUGCGGCUAGUUGGUCAGCAAACGAGAGAAGAAAUUCAAUCCACUAAAGGAGAAGUAGUAUUCGACGACGAGAGAGACGAAAAGGAUACAAAAAGUGAGGUUAUCCAUGAUGAAUUAAAUGAGGAAGUGAAGCCUAAACUAGAAACUGAAAGAUAUACCGUCCUAAUACCGGCAACAGGUAAAACAAAGAAAAAACUUGGAAAGAGGAACAGUAAUGAACAUGGUCCUGAAACUAUUGAUAUGCAAGUACAUGAAAAAUCGGAGAAAAAAAGAGACAAGGUGUGUGAGAUAAAACAGAAAAUUAAAGAGAAAAGAGAGGAGAAAGAGAACAUUAAAAUAGAAGAGAAGGAUAAAAAGCAUUUACAGAAUAGCAUACAAAAAGAUAAGGAGGUGAAGAAACAGCCUCUUUCCCAAAACAAAAAACAUACCAAAAAUACUAUUGUACCUGCUUACGAAGAGGAGAGUUCGUCGACUACAACUGACAGCAGCUGUAGUAACAAUGAGGACCCUGAGAAAGAAAAUAACCAAAGAAACCAAAAAGUUUGCUCAAAAAUUAAGCUCACUGGCAUCAAAAACGAGAGUUUAAGAGCACCUAUCGAAGAGAAUCCCAAUCACAUAUACGAAUUGAAACACACAAGUUUAAACCACAGCAACCCGAACAAGUUUAAAUACCAAAAAUCUAUGACAAAAAUGUCGAAAACGAACGAAAAACAUAACAAAGACCAAGAAGGUCGACAUAAAACAAACGAGCAUCAUAAUCACAACAAACACCACUCUAAUGUACGUGACAUUAAGAAGAGGGAUAAACCUUCCAAGGACAGAAAGGAGAAAAAUAUGUAUCACAAAAAAGGGGCUGACAAAAAUAAACACUCAGAAAGACAAGUUAGAAUAAGCGAAGGUGACGGUAUUGAAAAACGAAAGAGUCCUAGUAGUUUUUAUAUCCCCUUACCCACACCAACUACAACCUCGUCGAUAUGGGGUGAGAGCCGUGCCAAGUUUAGUGAUGUUGUGGCAAGAAACGAAAGCUCUCUCGGUUCUUCAUCAAGCACAAAUCGUCCGUUAGCGCACACAACUAAACAAAUAACAAACAAGCCAACGAUGUACGUGGAACCUUACAAGCAAACAUCACCAGUGGAGUUGGGACCUAUCGGUUCUAAGAGAUCAGAUCACAGGGCUUCGGGCGAUGGUAACCGAAGAUCCUUAAAUGAGGAAAACCACAGACUGUUGGACGACACUUUCCGUUCACUAAACGAAUCAAAUAGUCGAUCUUUAAGUGACAUUAACCAUCACAUAACUGAUGAAAAUAAUUAUACACAUGUAAAUAACUUACUUCACGAUUCAAAUAACAGUUUUUUUACAAAUGUGGAUGAGAUCCAUUUGGAAAAUAAUUGUAAGGAAGGCAGUUACUUAGAGGAGUUUGCCUCGAUUUCCGGUGGUUGGAAUCAACAACAGGAUUUGUCUAAUCUUAUUGAAUCGGAUAUUCCAGAAGAGCAGUUGAAGUCUGGCAAUUCCGUAGAAGAUCUCUGGAGUCAGAAUUUGUUGAAUUCAAACUCAUACUGGAACAACUACAGUCCCCUACUCGGUGAAACGUUGAUAAAUGAUACACAAUUGAUGAACGAUAACGCACAGUCCAGGGCUUCCACACAGUCUGCAGGUUACCUCUGGGGUUCCUCUUCUGUGUGGCAACCGUGGGCUCCGGAAACUCCAAGAACUCCUACUAGAACUCCGCCUGGUUUCGAUGAAUUCCUUCAGAGAAAACGUGAAGAGGAACCACAACAAUCAAGAGAAAGUUACAGUCCCUUCAAUAUAUGGACUCAACAGCAGACCAACCCAUGGAACUACUCUCAAGGACAGUAACACAUUUCAGCUAGGGUUCAUGAUUUUGUUGGGCCUUUUGCACUUAUUCCAAUAAAUGGAUUUUGUUUGUGUUUUUUUAAGACUGCAUGUAAUUUAUUAAAAUACUCAUUUGUUAUGUAGGAACCCUAGACCUACCUAUCAAACUUUGUUUUACUUAGUAAACUUUCAACGAACAUAAAUGUUACAACCAACUUCUUUGAUAUACUGUCAGCAGUUCUCUUUGUCUAUGGAAGAGAUCCCUCAAUAAAUGUUACAGUGAGCAAGUAGAUGCAGUUUUACUACUCAAACUGUCAGGAAUUUUAUUUAUUUUUUUUCGUUGUAUUCACUCCGAUAUCUAUUGUUACUGGGGUUUCAGUUACUUUAAAUAAAUCGAUUUAUUUUUUUUUAA